AUGAAUCUGGUGAAGUUGCAGCACCGGAAUCCCGUGCUGAUCAUCGGUGGUGGCGACGGGGGAGUGCUGCGAGAGGUGGUGAAACACCCGACCGUGGAGUCUGUGGUGCAGUGCGAAAUCGAUGAGGAUGUGAUCCAGGUAUCCAAGAAAUACCUCCCAGGGAUGGCAGUGGGGUAUUCCAGCGCUAAGCUGACCUUGCAUGUGGGAGAUGGUUUUGAGUUCAUGAAACAAAAUCAAGAAGCCUUUGAUGUGAUUAUCACGGACUCGUCUGACCCCAUGGGUCCUGCAGAAAGCUUAUUCAAAGAAUCCUACUACCAGCUGAUGAAGACAGCCCUGCGAGAAGAUGGGAUUCUUUGCUGCCAAGGUGAGUGCCAGUGGCUGCACCUGGAUCUCAUUAAGGAGAUGCGUCAGUUCUGCAAGUCUCUGUUCCCUGUUGUGGAAUACGCCUAUUGCACCAUCCCCACGUAUCCCAGCGGGCAGAUUGGCUUCAUGCUCUGCAGCAAGAACCCGAACACAAAUUUCCGGGAGCCUGUGCAGCAGCUCUCACAGCAACAAGUAGAGGAGAGGAGUCUGAAAUACUACAACUCUGACAUUCAUCGGGCAGCUUUCAUUCUGCCAGAGUUUGCACGGAAGGCCCUGAGCGAUGUGUGAGCCUGAGAAGCUGCUUCCUUCCUUCAAGUUGGACCCUGAGAUCAUCAGUGAUGUGGUGGGGACCUUCCCAGCAGACUGCAGAUUUGCUCUCCACUGUGUGGGAUUGUUUAACCCUUUGCCAGCCAACAUUCCUUUUGAUGAUGUGUUAAAGAUGAUGGGGCAUAAGCCAGAUAAGACUAUUGAAAAGGUCCAGUGACUUAUUGUGUGAGGUCAAAACUGUUCUUUCCAGUGCUGGAAACGUAAGGUGUCUUUUUCCUUUCUCUCCUCCCUGCACCCAUUCUAAAUUCUCCCCUCCCUGCACCCACCUCCACCCCCUGCAACUGACAUGAUAUAUUUAUAACUGACAUGUAUUUCUGUCUGGUGAUCUUCUGAAACCUGGGAAGAGUCCAGAAGGGUCACUGACUCAGCCUUAAGCACAGAGAGUGAGAGCUUUGUGCGCAAAGUUAGCUUGCUCUCUCCUAAUAGGAGCUCCCUGCUGCUGAGACGUUUUGACUGGUAACGGGUCUGAGCCUUCAUGUCCCACUGCCCUUCUGCGACACCUGCACUGUUCUGCAGCACAGUCGGAGAAGUCACAGUGCAAACUGUUGCCGUUCACAAUAGGUCUCCCUCCAACCCCGAUGGAGUAGCAGUAUUAAACACCAGCCAGGCAGGCUGGCAGCAAAGUCUUGUGGCUUUUUUUUUUUUUUUUUUUUUCCAAAUUGGUUGGAAACAGAAGUGC